AGAAAGACCACAAACAGUUAUUUGGGAUGGACUUUGCCUACAUUUCGAAUUCCUCCUUUUCAUCCUUCAUUUCGGCCAAGAAUCUAACAGAAGAGCAUGAGCAGCACAACAAUGUUCUCAUGCCCAGCAUCUUUGGUUUCAUCUGUUUUUUUGGGAUCUUUGGAAACACAAUUGUAAUCUACACCAUUGUGAAGAAAACCAAGUUCUGCUCCCAGCAAACAGUACCAGACAUAUUUAUCUUCAGCUUGUCCAUCGCAGACCUCCUCUUUCUCCUGGGAAUGCCUUUCCUCAUUCACCAGCUUGUGGGCAACGGCUCCUGGUGCUUUGGUGGCACCAUGUGCACCGUCAUCACAGCACUUGACUCCAACAGCCAGAUUGUCAGCACGUACAUCCUGACUGUAAUGACUCUGGAUCGCUACCUGGCCACUGUCCAUCCCAUCCGCUUCAAGCAUGUUCGAACCCCCUUCGUGGCUGGGGCUUCGGUGGCUCUUGUGUGGGUGUUUUCUCUGAUCUCCAUCACUCCGGUCUGGAUGUACACUGGACUCAUGCAUCUGAAAGAUGGCUCGGUUGGCUGUGCCCUCCUGCUGCCAAACCCAGCCACAGAUACAUACUGGUUCACCCUCUACCAGUUCUUCUUGGCCUUUGCUCUGCCUUGGCUGCUCAUUUGUGGGGUCUUUUUCAAGAUUCUCCAAAACAUGUCAGCUACAGUUGCUCCACUGCCCCAGCGCAGCCUCAGGGUGCGGACGAGAAAAGUGACCCGUAUGGCGGUGGUCAUAUGCCUGGCAUUCUUCAUCUGCUGGGCCCCGUACUACAUCUUGCAGCUGGCCCACCUCGGAGUACAGCGGCCCACCUUUGCUUUCCUGUACGCCUACAACAUUGCUAUCAGCUUGGGCUACGCCAACAGCUGCAUCAACCCGUUUAUCUACAUUGUAUUGAGUGAAACAUUUAAGAGGCAGUUCAUUGUAGCCAUUCGGCCAUCGCACUGCAGGGUUUUCAGAGUUGCCCCUGCUCGGGCUGAUGACAGUAUGAGUCUGAGGAUGACACAAGACCGCUCUCAACCAUCUCACUCGCAGUCAGCAAGGGAACUACUUCAACACAUGCUGCCUGUCACUGUGGCUGUGCACUGAGAUGGACACCGCCAUUGCCAACAAAUGGCCACCUGCCACUUCUGACUGCAGUUAUUCCCUCAGGAAACAUCUCUGUUUACAUGAAGACUUAAUGCCUAUUCCAAAUGCAGUGGUGGAAGAAGUAUUCAGAUCAUUUUCUAAAUUAAAAAUACUAAUACCACCAUAAAUACUCCACUACAAGUUAAAGUCCUGCAUGCAAAACCUUAUUUAGGUAAAAUAAUGAAAGCAAAGUAGUCAUUAUGCAGUAAAAUGUUCCCUGUCAGUGUUUUACGAUUAUAUUUGAUGUUUCUGGAUUAAUUAUACUACUGCUUUCAUGUGUAUGUUGCAAUUUACUGCUGUAAAUGUUUAAGAUUGUCCUCAUUAAAACUCAUUGUAUGCACUGUUGGGUAGCUUAAUCCACAGCAAUGUAUCAUAUAUUAUAAGAUAUUAAUAUGUUUGUAGUUGUGUUGCUGUCCUGUGAGAACCACAUACUGUAUCUCUACAAACUGUUUUGUUUUCAGCUUUGUGACGAUGCAUUGUCCAGCUGAUCCAAAAGGCUUUUUAAAUAGUUAAUUCAUCCUAAGAAGUAUAAACAUAAAGGAACACUUCAUGCUUCCUGUGGAGAUGCAUGGUUUUCACGGGACAGGAAGGGGAUGGAAAACUGUGAUCUGAAAAGUAACUAAAGCUGUCAGAUAAAUGUAGUGAAGUACAAUAUUUAUGUUUAUGUUUAUGUGGAAAUCUGCAAUCAGUAUUGUGGUAUUACAGAAUGAUUGUGCAUGUCAAUAUGUUUGUCUUAUCAUACAGCCACGGCACUAAUAGACCCAAGUUGAGUUUGAAUCAUGGAACCCAUCUGUAAUCCAUCUCAUCCAUAUUCAAAGUGAUGCAUCAGCUGCAGCUUCUAAUUGUUUUCAUUGUUAUCAUUUUAACUUUAUUGUGGCAUUGUCUUGAAACAGAGUUUUGCCGGAUCACUGCGUACAUAUUUAACACAUCUGAAAUGUCAGAAAUAAUUGUUAUUCAGCAGCUGCAACACCAUUGUUGUAAAGUGAGCACAAACAGCUCCAGGUAAUAAUUAGACAGUGUGUAAAAGCCCAGCUAGCAGAGUAUGUGCUAAACGUCAUGUGACUCCUGUUUCAUUUGAACCAUAUCAUUAACUGACGACAGAUUGCACACAAAAAGUGUCCAUUACACUUGUGUUAUGUUGCAUUGGCAACUGUGUAGAUCUCAUUACUGAUUGUAUCUACGUGGCUCUUUAACGUGCGAUGCUGUGAUGCAGUUAUGUGUCUGUGUGUACUUAGCUGGGCAUCUUUACUGCGAUGCAGAAUAUACUCUUUGGCAUGUCUAUCGUAGCCUGCUGUAUGUUUUAACUGGUGAAUUCUCUAGGAGAUAAAGAAGUCUUUACAAUGUGAAAUGUCCAAUUCAGUUAGCUCUUAAUGUUUUAUUUUCAGUGUGUCAUACGAUUAAAAAGGAAAUCUUUAGAUUUUUGAAGA